UUUUUUUUUUUUUUUUUCUCUUCUUCUUCGUUCUCCUUUUUUUGACGGGGGGUGCGCGCGUGUUGUGUGUGUGUGUGUCGGCGACGAACGCGCAACGCGCCGACCGACAGUCGACACGAGGAAAUGAAUUGGCCGACAAGUUCGCCGUCACUCCUCCUGGUGCUGCCGGCCUCUGCCACGUCUAGCAAAAGAAUCGCCUCCUCUCCAUGGACAGUUUUCACCGUUUCGACCAUCGUCGUUUUGGCCGUCUUCACCCACCUUGCAGAAUCGACGACGAGUACAGCCUCUGCAUCCGGAUGGGAUUGGACGGGCGGCAAAAACAGCAUCGACAUACUGGACGAGUUGGCAUCCGUCCGGCUCAAUUUGACGGGCGUCGACGUAGCGCCAGGACCUUACAGCAUUUCACCUGCCCUCUAUUUCACAGGAGACAACCGGAACAUCCGACUAUCGGAAACUUCUUACGACAAGGUGAUGACGUUGCUCCAAUCCCACCAUGACAUCACCUUCAUGGCCGCCGUCCGGCAAGAACCGUUCAACGUCGGCACAAUCUUUUCCCUAUCUCAGGGAUUCACCAGGUUCCUCGAGUUGCAGAGCUCAGGCCGUAAGGACGAGAUUCGGUUGCAUUACAAUCACCUGGGAGUGCCUCGCGUCGAGACGUUCAGUUAUCGGUUGGCCGAUGGCGUUUGGCACCGAUUGGCCGUGACAGUUAGCGGCGGUGUCGCUUCUCUUUACGUCGACUGCCGUCGUGUUGAACGCCGAUGGAUGGCCGCCAUUCCCGACACAGCCAUUAUUCCGGAAUCUUCUUCUUCGGUUCCAGCCGCAGAAAAGAAAGAGAACAAAGCUGCCAACAAAUUGUCGCUGUGGAUCGGACAGCGAGGCGACCAACAUUUCCUCUUCAAGGGUGCUAUGCAGGAUGUCAAUUUAAUAGCGGGAAGCAAUGGCCACCUGGUGCAAUGUCCGGCAGCUGAAGCCGAAUGUCCGACGUGCGGCGAGUUUCACAGUCUGCAAUCGGUCGUUGCCCGGCUAGAGAAAUCAUUGCAACAUCUUACUAAUAAAUUGGAGCAUGCCGAAGAAAGGCUGACGCAACUGGAACAAUGCGAUUGCCCGCGUUCCUGCAGCGUCAACGGCACUGUUCACGCCGACGGGACUAGUUGGCAUUCCGAUUGUGACGUGUGUUCGUGCCACAAGGGGCAAGUGACGUGCAGUCCGGUUCAGUGUCCAGACACUCCGUGCCGUAAUCCCGUCCAACUACCGGGCGAAUGCUGUCGAACGUGUCUGAAGCCGUGCUUCUUCCAUGGAGUUAAAUACGAUCACGGCGAGCGCACCAGCCCACGUCAUUGCCUGGAAUGUCAAUGUAUCAACGCAUCGAUGCAGUGCCAGCCGUUGGACCCUGAACUCCAUUGCCCAGCUCUCUCAUGCCCACCGUCCGAGCAGUUCACCGUCGCCAAUGAAUGCUGUAAACAAUGCCCAGGAGUGGAUUAUUGCGCGUCGGCGAGUCACGUUUGUCACGCUCGUGCGCAGUGCAUCAACCUGCAGACAACCUACGCCUGUCACUGUUCGCCCGGCUACACCGGCGACGGCAAACAUUGUUCCGAUAUCAACGAGUGCGAGACGGAAGGCGGGCCAGGUGGUCACCGUUGUGGAGCCAACACGAUUUGCGUUAACACGGUUGGCUCCUACCGUUGCGACUGUCUACCUGGUUACUAUCAUCUCGGGUCUGGUCCAGACUCAGUUGGUGAACUGUACAACAACGGCACGGAGUGCGUCGAGUACGACGAAUGCGCUAACAAUUUGGACAACGACUGCCAUCCGACGCUGGCCACCUGCAUCAAUACACCCGGAUCGUACCAGUGCGCCUGCCGUCCGGGUUACCGAGGAAAUGGAAUCGAAUGCGAACCGGUGUGUGAUCGACCGUGCCAGAAUGGUGGACGAUGCGUCGCUCCGAACCAAUGUUCUUGCCGCCGGGGCUUCGAAGGCGAUUUUUGCGAAACGGACGUGAACGAAUGCGAGCGCACCGGCAAUAAAACCACGGGACAUCAAUGCCACGCGAAUUCCGAAUGCCGCAAUAUGCCCGGAUGGUACGCUUGCGCUUGCAAGCCCGGAUUCCGUUCGCCGCGGCAGGAUAUCCUGGACACCUUUCUCGGUGCCCUCUGCCAAGAUAUAGACGAGUGCGCCGAAGGGACGCACAGUUGCCACGGCAACACUCAGUGCCUCAACACGAUGGGCAGUUACGAGUGCCGUUGCCCGCCCAGCAAUCCCAACUGCAGCUUAGUUUGCCACACCGAAGAGGGUGUCCGCCAAAGUGGAGAGACAUGGAUUUCUUACGAGAGUCCAUGCGUCAGCUGCCAAUGUCGUGAGGGCGUCGUGACCUGCUCCAAACUGCCUUGCCAUUGCACGUCUUCUUCUUCAAUAUCUUCUUCCUCCUCCUCUUCGUCAUCUUCCGGAGACUUGGAAUCGACAGCCAAGUUCAGCCUUCACCGGAAUCAAACCCUCGUUCAUCAUCCGAAUUCCGAACUGUGUUGUCCGCAGUGCCGUUCCAGCAAAUCCCAGCAAUGUCGCCACCAGGAAAAGUCGGACGUCAUAUUCGAUUCCGGCCAGCGAUGGAUAUACCAAUGUCAGAGCUGCGAAUGUCUGCACGGAGAGACUGAUUGCUGGCCAAUGGAAUGCCCGCCCGUCUAUUGUAGUCAUCCGGUCCGUCUUCCUGGCGAUUGCUGCCUACGUUGUCCGGACAGUGAUCCAUGCAGUGCUGUUGAAGAACCGAUGGAUACGACAAGUCAGUUCGGAGAACCCUUUGGAUGCCAUCAUCUCGGUCGUAAUUAUACUCACGGAGCGGAAUGGGCUGCCGGGUUGGAUGGUUGCAAUAAUUGCAAAUGCAAGAAUGGAAAGGUUUGCUGUCAGUAUGAUACUAGCUGCGCUCAGCAGCGCCUGGUGGUGGAUCUCGAGCACAGUGCAGUUGUCCAGCAUCGUCAGAGACACCACCAGCAACAGCAAAGUAUACGACGCGGCUCGAACCGGAUCAACCGCUCAUCACCGGAAGGUUUUGCUUCACCAACGACGGAUAAUGCGGUCAUCGAACAGAAGAAAAAGGGGGGAGGUGACGUUCAGGGAUCAACUAGUAAAUCAACAACGAUGGCGACCACCACGAGAAGUAGCGGGUCACGUAUUACGACAGCGAAGACAGCAAUUCAAACGCAGCGAAUGUCUAGAUCAGCCCGUCGGACGCGUUCGGAUAACAGUGCGGACCAGAAUGAUAAGAAUUACGUGAAAGCGUCAUCGGUAGUUCAACAGUCGACGAUGAUCCCAUUUACUACGAACUCUAGUCCUUCUAGUUCGACGUUCAAAGACGGCAGCAGCAGGAUGCUCUCCGGCUCAAAAGAAAGUCAAAAUGUUCCAGAAGCAACAGAAGUAGAAGCUUUCUUGUUUGAUUCUGGAAUCAUCUCAACCAAAAUUGUUAGUCAACAGCAACCAGAGUCAGCGGGCCCCACUUAGUUUAUGUACUAGCCGGUGCAAGUCUUGAUCAACGCUGGUACGUAGUAGAAGUAUAACAUUAUAAAUAUUACCGUCAUUUUCUAUGUUGUUUUGUUUUCGAAUCCCCAAUCCCUUUUUUUCCCUUUCCCUUUGCUCAUAUCCGAGUUUUUCUUGGGUAAAAAACAAAAAUCCUUGAUUCUUUUGUUUCUUCUUCUACUCACCUUUCUCGUCCUAGUUGAAUCAAAAAUGAAUACAGUAAAACAUUCAAUUUCAAGCAUCCACGAGGGCCAAAAAAAAAAGAAAACGCAAAAAAAAUUAUAAAGUUAAUUAUUUCAAACAAAUCCUUAUCACUCUUUGUUUUUGUUACACAUACAACACACACACACACACACACACAGAUACACACCGACAGAUAGACACAUACAGAUACAUAUGUUCAAGUAUUUUUGUUUUUCUUUACUUUGAAUCGCCCAUCAGUUGUUCUAUUUUUCUACUUUUCUUUAUGUGUGUGUGUAACAUUGUUGUACAUUGAAACUCCUCGUAAACAAAACGCCAUCCACACAUACCGCCCCCCCCCCACACGUAACACACUAAACUUAGUUGACUUAUUUGCCCUUAUCUGGCUCCAAUCUUUUCUUACCUUGAAAGCCAUUUUUUGUACAUAACUAGUCAGAAAAACGAAACAAACAAACAAAAAAAAAUUCUAGGAUUAAAAAAAAAACAGAAUUAUUUAAUUAACGAAAACAAUAGCGUUCUGGUAUGCAUUUAUAAAUAUACCUUUAUGGGAAAAGGGGAAAGAGAAAAAAAAAAGAUUGUCAGAGCAGGGCCAAAUUAAGACAGAUAAGCUAUAUAAUGCCAUCUUCUUAUGAGAUUAUUAAAUUGCAACCCAAAUGAAUGUAAUCUGUAUCAUAACGUUUCCUACCGCCCUCUUAAACUUAUCAAUAUUCUUCAUGUUUUAUCCCAUCAAUUCUGUGCUGUUUGUUUUUUGUUUUUCCUUCUUCAUUGUUUUUUGUUGCGCCAACUAGUCUGAUCAUAGAAGAGUUGACCGUCACGAACGAGGAUUCCUCCGGUAUGACUGCGUGAAUGUGUAUUUGUGCAAGUGACACCGAUAGAACAUUUCGAUGCCAGCAGCGACGUGGUGGAUACAUGUCAAAAAACAAUAUGUUCAUCCGUAUCGUUGAAUCUGAUCAAAAUUAUUGAUUAUUAUUAUUAUAUUUUUUUGUAUUUUGAUUUCUCCAAUUUGUGUGUUUGUGCAUGUCACGGUGAAGAAAAUCUGCCCUAUUCUUUUGUUUUGGUUGAAAUCUGAUCGUUUUUUUGCAUUGCAUUGAAUUGCCUCUCAUUUUGUCUCCAACCCUCGGCCCUAGAUUGUCUACCCCUCCCAUUAAUUACGUCCGUUGAUUUGUUUUUUUGAACAGAAAACUGUUGUUAAAUAACUAUCUAUCUAUCUAUCCCUCUUCCUCUGCCUCUCGUGCACGAAUCGCGUUUGUCUGUCCUGAACCAUUUUGUCACUAUGUUAUUGGAGCAAUAAUAUUACACUGAUGAUUACAAGCGGA